AUGAACGACCCUGUCAGGCACAAGGUCUCCUCGAGCUCAGCUCCGACCGAGCGGGAGAACGGAGGACGAGGAACAGAAGUCAAUAGAAGCUUGAAUGUGGUCGGCCUCGGGAUGUUUGCCCAAGGUCCAGACCCGAGGACCAGACCCGAGGUCCAGACCCGAGGACCAGACCCGAGGACCAGACCCGAGGUCCAGACCCGAGGACCAGACCCGAGGACCAGACCCGAGGUCCAGACCCGAGGUCCAGACCCGAGGACCAGACCCGAGGUCCAGACCCGAGGUCCAGACCCGAGGUCCAGACCCGAGGACCAGACCCGAGGUCCAGACCCGAGGUCCAGACCCGAGGACCAAACCUGA